GAAGUAAACAAGAAGUAAGAGUAGCGGUUUCACGUGUGAAUCAUAGAUCAGUAUAUUCACAUGUAAUAAUAAAUAACAAACCAACGACGCCUUAGAAUUUUUAAAUUUAGAAUUAAAAAAAGUACCGUUUUUGUAUAUUUAUAAUUAUUUCUCCACACUCUAGUCCAAUAAAAACAAAAGAAGAAGAAAACUACGCGCCAUAAGCGGAAGCAGAGUAGCGGCUUCAUCACGGCGGAAUCGAAGAUAAAUAUUUCCCUUUUUAUAAACCAACGAUGCCUUCAGUUCAGUGUUUCAGACAGUUUUUCAGCGAACGACUUACAGCUGCUGCAGAGGAAAUAUUUACAGUGUUUGAAAAAACCAUCGUCGAGUACGAGGAAGAAAUCAAACGUCAGGGAAAACUACUGGAUGUUAUUUUGAAGCCUCAAGUCAAGAUACACAGGAUAGAGCUCCCACAGCAACACGUGUACAAGAAGGAGGAGGAGGAAGUUGUCAGUGACCAGCAAUUCCUUAACCACGAGGGGAUCUCCGGUCUGGACCAAGAGGAUCCAGAGCCUCCACAGAUUAAAGAGGAAGAGGAUGAGGAGAAAGUCUUCACCAGUCAGGACAGACAGGAGCCUGUACCGAAGGAGGAGUCUGAUUUAGUUACGUUGACUGUUUCUUAUGGGGAAGAUCACCACAGCGAACAUCAGACUUUUUCCUUGAAUAAUGAUGAUGAUGAUGAUGAUGACAGCAUGCCAGUUAAAAUCUCUGAGGUAUCACAAUCAAACACUGACCAUCAGCUCCUCCCUCAUAGUUCUCAUUUAACUAAGAGCCUAGAACAUGAAGACUCAGAUGAGCAAAAGAAGACGCGUCACACCGACAAAACUCACAGUUCCAGUGCAUUAAAUUCCACCAUUUCACCAAUUCCCCGCAAAACUCGUAGAACAGCUAGAAAGUCUUUUAAAUGUGAAACUUGCGGGAAAGUAUUUCCCUGUCAGUCCAGAUUAAUUGGACACCAGAGAAACCACACGGGAGUGAGACCGUAUAGUUGUGACAUUUGUUGUAAGCGAUUCACUCUGAAAUCCAUAUUGAAAGUGCACAAAAGAAUCCACACAGGCGAGAAACCACAUUCUUGUAACGUCUGCCGUAAACGAUUCGGGAGCAGGUCGCUGCUGAAGUGUCAUAAAAGAAUCCACACGGGCGAGAAGCCUUUUUCAUGUGUCACGUGUGGAUACAGGUUUAGAGACGCAUCGACGCUGAAACGUCACAUGAAGAGGCACACGGGCGAGAAGCCUCACCUCUGCAACACCUGUGGGAAAGGAUUUCGCGUGAUGUCAAACUUAAAAAGGCACGUAGUUAUACACACAGAUGAAAAACCGUAUUCCUGCAAAACAUGCGGGCGAGCUUUCAAAUCUUCGCGUUAUUUGUCAAUCCACAUGAGAACCCACACUGAUAAGAAACCGUAUCAGUGUGACACUUGUGGGAAAGCGUACUUUGCUCCAUCUAGCUUGGUAAGACAUGCAAGGUCACAUACAGGCGAGUGACCAUGUGUUCGUGGACAAAACAAAAACUUUUGUUCUCCUUAGCUGAGAAAAGUGCAUCAACUUUUCUUUGAUACAGCUGCAUUAAUAAGAGGUCACAGUAUCUUAAUGUGUAAUGUAAUACUAUAACGACUGUCAGUUACUCCUUUCCGUCUGUAACAACAUUCGUCUUUGAAAUGUUCGUAUUGAGCUCGUGUUUUCUACAAAUGUAAAUAGUGGACCUCUCAAAUUAAUAGUUUUUGCAGUACAAUCUCCACCUCUGUUGUUUUUAUCCUUACAACCAGGAUGUUUUUGUUUUUGUUUUUUUAUUAUUAUUUUUAGAUUUUGAAUUGUGUUUUGGUUGCAUUCCUCACUAUUUGGGGCUUUUGUGGUAAAAGGCAAAGUUAUGAUCUGCCUACUUGAAAUGAUGUUCCGAAUUUCAAGAACUGUAUUAUUUGAGGUAUAAAAACACCAACAGUGUCGUCACAGUGAAGCAUCCAGUCAUUUGUACUAAGAUGAAUAAGGACAACAAAAUGUUGUUUCCUGAUCUCUUGUAUUUAUUUCAAGAACAAAGGUGACAAUGUACGAUU